AUCGCGAGAAUUUGCCUACGUUCCUUUCAGUCGAUUUUCUCGCACCGCGAUCCUAACACGUUAGUUAUCAAACGAGAGUUGAUUGGAAAUUUCAAUUGAAAUGCACCUGUGCCGGAGAGGAUACAGUGUACCGUGGGAAAAGUUUCCCAGCGAUGGUGAUCAAUCUGCGAGUGGAUCAGCUCAAACCUGGGUUCAAUGGUCACCGGACGCUGCCGUUCAUCCUCCGAAUGCGGUCAGAGCCGGCGCCGAUCAUGAUGGAUCGCCGAUAUUUGUCGGCCGUGCCAGCCACUACGGGCAGUUUUUACCAGCCAAGGUGAUUCCCAUCCGUAGGGUAGCAUUCGUGACGUACAAUGGAUUCGAAAUCUCCAAGCCAGACUUUGAGGUUCUAUGUGGACUUAGUUUUACGUGGGUUCCCUGCAAGAACGGAGACCUUCCAAAAGGAGCCGUAUCCUGCGGGAAAACUGCUACCGGAGAACGGGUUUAUAUAGGAAGAGGUCACUAUGAAGGCAGUGUGACUCCUGGAAAGAUCAUACCCAGUCAAGGAUGUCUGUAUAUUGGAUUCGGUGGAACCGAGCAUGCCCAGCCCCAGUAUGAGGUUCUGGUUGAUUCCAGGGAAUCACAAAAACAGAGCGUUGGAGGACACUGGGUUUCCACCCUGAGUAAUGGUCGUGUUCCACCUGGUGCCCUUCUUGCAGGAAACGACAGUGAUGGAGCGGCUAUCUAUUUGGGUCGUGUCUUUCGAUAUGGAUUGACGCUGCCUGCUAAAGUGAUGCCAAGCAAACGGAUGUGCCAUACCGGUGAUGAAGGACUGGAAUUCGAAAUGACCGAGUAUGAGGCAUUGUGCUAUGCCAACGUAUCGUGGGUUCCCUUCCGCGGAGUGUUUCCACUCAACGCUAUCGAAUGCGGUCGUGAUCGGUUUGGUGAAAAGCUGUACUUUGGUCGCGGCCGCUACAACGGUAGCUUGACUCCAGGGAAGAUUCUUGAGUGCAGUAAGGUACUGAAGAUACCGUACGAUUUCAAGGAAAUUACUCUGAGAGAAUUUGACAUUCUGGUGGACAUCAGCCUACCGACAAGCAAGUGCUCUCAAGCGCUGGACUGGCAAGCAGGAACCAGCAAAUCUCCUGUGCCAAGAGGUGCCGUAUUGGCCGGUUACGACAAAGAUGGAUCACCAAGCUUCGUGGGACGCGUCGUGUACCAAGGGAAUCAACUUCCAGCGAAGGUGGUUCCACGCAGAAACCUCUGCCAUACUUGCCACAACGGAAAGACAAUCGAAAUGGAGUCCUACGAGGCGUUAUGCAACGCUCGAGCUGCGUGGGUCCCGUUUAAUGGUAGUAUUCCAGCGAAGGCCGUCAUUUGCGGACGCACCAUGUGGGGCGAAACGGUGUACAUUGGACGUGGAUACCAUAAAGGCAGCCUAACACCGGGAAAGAUUUUGGAAAAUGAGAAAUUGCUGAAGAUUCCAUUUGGUUGGAACGAGCUGACAAUUAGCGACUCUGAAAUACUUGUUGAAGUUUAAAUGUAAUGUAGAAUUGAAAGUAAUCGAUUGUUUUCUAAUCAUAACCAGAAUCUA